AUGCAGAAGCAAGGAGCGAGUGUAAAAUCAGCGGGCAGUAGCGAUCCAUCAAAUCCGAUCCGGAAAAAAGUGGAGGCGUUGGUCUCGCAAAAGCUACACACCGAUCAGGAUUUCCUGAAAAUGAUGGAUUAUGUGGCGCCAGUUGUUGGAGAAAUUGAUAUCCACGUAGAGCGAAGAUUGGCACAUGAAUUGGAAGAGCGAAAAAUCAAAGCAAAUCGCGAAUAUCUGGAAGCUUUUGGAAAGGUUUGUCAGUGA